UGAAUUUAGAAGAAGAUUUAGAUUUUUCAAAUUUCUAUCAAAGCAAUACAGUUUAAUCUAGUUUGUCAUCUGUUUGUCAACAUGAUUCAUUUUUGGAACCAGUUCAAAAAACUAUUCCAAGAGGCAUUGGUGGUACUUUUUUUUAUGACGAACCACCAGCUAGCUUUAAACCGAUGGAUGAAAGGUGUAUGUUAAUAAUUAUUAACCUUUUAUUCUUUGAAAGUUGUCACAGUAUACACAAUUUUUAAUAAAUCAACUGAUGAUUCUAUUGAAUUCGUAUAAAAUUCGUACUUAAAAUAGUUCUAAUCUAUCUAUACUAGGUUUUCAAUAUGCAAUAUUUAUGGAGUUAGCAAGUAUAAAAUCUGAAAUACAAAAAUCUUUAUGUGCAGUGGAAAAGCUGGGAAGAAGGGCUGAGCCUGAAGAUUCCUUAUUUUAUAUUUAUAAAUCAAAUGAUAUAAGAGAGUUUGAUGAAAGAGAAAUAUUUUUAGAUAAUAAAGAAAAGUUUCAUUUGUUGGUCCGUCAACUUAAACAAAUAGGUGGUAGUUCAAUUUCAGCCUCAGUUAAUAAAGUUUUAGAUGAAACAAUGUCUAAAAAUGUUCAAUCGUUAUUUAACAAAGCAGAAAGACAUGGCAAAAGAUCAUUUAGAAAAACAUUAUUGUAUAAAGCAAUUAUUGCUUAAACGGAAUAGUUUAUUUAGUUGUAACAAUCAUUGAUUAUAAAAAAUUUUGGAAAAUGACUGCAAAUUAGGUAAGUACAAAAAUAUUGAUAAAGAAUUAUUAGAAACUUAUUAAGAAUGGUAAGAAGAUAUAUUGACGAAACUAUAUCUUGACUAAAGUAAAGAAGAGAUGUGUAAUGCAUGCAUAAAGUUUGAUUCAAAACUUUAGAGUCUUCGAGUUUGAAAUUUCAAGAACCAGGUUUUUUUUAUAUUUAGUUCACACAUAUGCAAACCUUUUAAAAAGUUUUUUAAAUUGGUGUUGUAUCUUGUUAUAAGUUAAAUACUUCAAUGUAAGUCUAUAUAGAAGAUUAAAGGGUGCAGUUAUUUGUACUUGUUUUUUAGCAUUAAUUUUUAAAUGAAACAUUUUUUAUUUUCGAAAAGAUGUACUAGUUGGAAUCCAAGUUAGAAUAUGUACUAGAUUUCUAUAGUAUUUUGCUUUUUAGAAACAUUAGUGUCGCAUGCAUCAAAGUUCGAUUUGGUCGAUAAGUAGAAGAUCAUUUGAAGAGAGCUCUUAAUAAAGUAUUAUAACAAUUAUUUUACUACAUUU